GAGGGCACGCACAUAAAUAUUUUCAAAACACAACUGUCAUUCCAACAAAAUCCGGUGGAAAAACAUUCAUACUCUGACGAAAGUUUUGAUUUUCACGAAAAAACAGGAAUAGCUAGGUCAGCAAACUGUGAGUCGUGUUGAUUUUAUGAUUUCAGUGAAAGUGGUGCAUUUGUGAUCCGUAUACGUGAUAGAAACAACCCAGAAGUACCCAUUCCAUUUUAACCAGCAACAGCUUUCACAAUGUCGAGCACCUCCCAAAAGCAUAGAAAUUUUGUGGCGGAACCGAUGGGCGAGAAACCGGUAACGGAUCUCGCCGGUGUGGGUGACGUCCUCGGGAAGCGAUUAGACGCUGCCGGAUUUGACAAGGCUUACACCGUGCUUGGCCAAUAUUUGCUGUUAAAAAAGGACGCCGAGCUCUUCAAAGAUUGGAUGAAGGACACCUGCGGGGCCAACUCGAAGCAAGCAGCCGAUUGUUACCAAUGUCUGAAUGAUUGGUGCGAGGAGUUUUUGUAAAAAAAACAUUUCGCAACGUUCUGUAUUUCGAUUUAUUUUAUGUUCCCAAUUUUAACUAUCUAAAAUAAUCCGCUUUGUGUGUACAACUCGACCAGAUAAGGCUAGGCAUAUUAUUUUACGCGUUUGUUACAAUAUAUUGACUACUACUAAUAGAUUA